CUGCACUGUCUCGACUCACAGGCAUCGUCGUUCGUCCUUGUCUCCUCCGAUCAGGUAGCUCUGCCAGUGCCAGGCAGCAUGGCCAUGCCUCGCCGUCUUGAUCAGCUGCUCCUCCCCCUCAUGGCCAGCUGCUUCCUGCUUCAGGCUCUCAGCGUCCAUGCCAUCACCCGACACUACAAGUUCAAUGUGGUUAUGAGGAACAUGACACGGCUUUGCUCAACCAAGUCCAUCCUCACUGUUAAUGGCAAGUUCCCGGGGCCGACCCUCUAUGCAAGGGAAGGCGAUAAUGUUCUUGUCAAGGUCGUCAACCAUGCAUCUCACAACGUUACCAUCCACUGGCAUGGGGUAAGGCAAAUCCGGACUGGGUGGUACGAUGGACCAGCCUACAUUACACAGUGCCCAAUCCAGCCAGGGAGCAGCUUUCUGUAUAAUUUCACCGUUACUGGCCAACGUGGUACACUCCUAUGGCAUGCCCAUAUCAACUGGCUGCGGGCUACCGUCCAUGGUGCUAUUGUCAUACUACCCAAGCUUGGAGUACCCUACCCCUUCCCUGCUCCUCACAAGGAGGCAGUUGUUGUCCUAGGUGAAUGGUGGAAAGCUGAUACAGAGACUGUAAUCAACCAGGCCAUGCAACUAGGAGUAGGACCCAAUAUUUCUGAUUCCCACACCAUCAACGGCCACCCUGGUCCGAUGUCUGAUUGUGCCUCCUCCCAAGAUGGAUUCAAUCUCGAUGUCGAAAAUGACAAGACAUACAUGCUCCGGAUCAUCAACGCUGGUCUGAAUGACGACCUAUUCUUCAAGAUUGCCGGGCACGGACUAACUGUGGUUGAGGUUGAUGCAGUCUAUACCAAGCCAUAUAAAACCGAUAUCCUGCUCAUCACUCCAGGCCAGACUACAAACGUCCUCGUCACUGCUGACCAAAGUGCUGGCCGUUACCUUCUCUCAGUCUCUCCCUUCCUGGAUGCUCCACUACAAGUUGACAACAAAACAGGCACUGCUACCUUGCACUAUGCUAACACUGUCUCUGCCACAGCACGCCUCACUCUCGUCAAGCCACCACCACAGAAUGCCACCCCUAUUGCAUCAAAAUUCUCUGAGUCGCUCCGAAGCCUCAACUCCAAGGAGUACCCAGCCAAUGUGCCACAGACAGUAGACCACUCGCUUUUCUUUACCAUUGGUGUGGGUGUCAAUCCAUGCGCAAACUGCAUUAACGGGACCAGAGUGGUGGGCACAAUCAACAAUUCGACAUUCGUUAUGCCAUCCACCCCAAUUCUCCAAGCCCGUUACUACAGCAUUCCAGGGGUCUUCACCGAAGACUUCCCAGCAACACCACCACACAAGUUCAACUACACAGGAAGUGGCCCCAAAAACCUUCAAACCAUGAAAGGAACCAGGGUUUAUAGGCUGCCAUAUAAUGCUUCAGUGCAGGUCAUACUCCAGGAUACAGGGAUCAUAUCAACAGAAAGCCACCCGAUCCAUCUGCAUGGAUUUAACUUUUUUGUCGUUGGGAGGGGUGUUGGUAAUUACAACCCCCAAACCUCCCCUUCCACAUUUAACCUCAUCGACCCCGUUGAGAGAAACACCAUUGGAGUUCCUACUGGAGGCUGGACAGUAAUCAGGUUCAGGGCAGACAACCCAGGUGUGUGGUUUAUGCAUUGCCAUUUCGAGGUGCACACGUCAUGGGGACUCAAGAUGGUCUUUGUGGUGGACAAUGGGAAAAGACCUAGCGAGACUCUAAUUCCACCACCCAAAGAUCUUCCCCAGUGCUGAUUACAAGAAGAGUAACCGGAUUCAGUCCAACUAUGAAAAACAGAUGCUGAAACUUCAACAGUGGUGAUUUACUCAGUGUGCUUUUGCUUGACUCCUUUGGUCACACAUUUUCCUUUCUCUCCUUUUGAUUUGUUUGCUUGAUUGCCAAGAUAGUGUAUACAGGAGCAAAAGACAUCAAAGCCUGAAAUUAGCUUUUGCUGUCCUAUUAACAUUUUCCCUUUUUUGGAAUAAAUGGAAUUGCAUGUGUUCGCAUGCACAUGAAUUUGGGAA